GUUAUAUUCUCUUCGUCCAAAAAUUGUGGGGCAAUUCUAUUUCCUACUUUCAGUUUCCGUCGACACCCUGCCCACGGCCCCACACACGCUUUAUUUCCCAUUGUCCGAAAAUAUUCUAUGCUCGAUGAGCCAAUAAUAGCACCCUCGAGUGUGUGUGUGUGUUCUUGAGUUUUCUUAGGUGGUUUCGAGUGACAAAGGUGUAAACUUGUUGAGGCUUUUUAGUUGGAGGAUAUGGAGGCUAUCAAGAAGCAAGCAAGUAAAUUAAGAGAACAAGUGGCCAGGCAACAACAGGCAAUUCUUAGGCAACUGGGGCAAUUAGGUCAUGGAGGGGUUAUGAUCGACGAAGGCGACUUAGAACUUCAUGAGCAACUACAGUGUUUGUACAAAUCGACAAGGGCAGCCAAGCAUUUCCAGAGGGAUAUUGUUCGUGGGUUAGAAGGAUUCAUAUCGACAGGCAAAAAACAAAUGGAGAUAGCUAGGAAGUUGGCUGAAGAUUGUUGCAAGUAUGGUAUCGAAAAUCAAGAUUCUGAUUCUUCACUUGCAAGGGUCGCUUCAGGCUUUGGUACAUCUCAUGCCGCCAUUGAAGACCACAAUGAAAAAAUGCUUGGAGUUCUUGGUUACCAGUCGAAGUCCAGAGACACUUCUGCUGAGAGUGCUUUGAAGCUCAAAAGUGCCGAGAAAAAGUUGACAGAGCUCAAGUCUUCAAUGCUGACGCUUGGAAGAGAAGCUAUUGAUGCUAUGUUGUCUGUGGAGGGUCAGCAACAGGAAAUAACUUUCCAGAAGAUUUUUACCAUGGUUGAUGCUGAGAGAUCUUAUCAUCAAAAUGUUAUUGCUAUUCUGGAGAAGCUGCAUUCAGAGAUGAUUCUUGAGGAGCAAAUGGAAGACCCUAUCUUGCAACCCGAAACUCCCCACAGAGGUGAAAGUAUUCCAUCUUCUUCUCAUGAGUCAGUUUCCAAUAGAUCUAAUGUUGAGGAUGGUGAAAAUAAAAGCGACAGCUACUUUAUUGCCAAGGCAAUACAUCCAUUUGAUGCUCAAGCAGAUGGUGAGCUGAGUCUUGAAGUGUCUACAAAUGGGUGGUCUGAAGGAGAAUGCAAAGGCAAAGCCGGUUGGUUUCCCUCGGCCUAUAUAGAAAGGACAGUUAAAGUCCCAACAAGCAAAUUACCCAGACACAAUUCUUCACCAUAACUAAAGAUGGCAUCCUUGUUUUGGUGAGUUGUGUUGUACAUUAACAUGUAAAGCACAUGCUUUGUAUUUAUUGGGGGCGUGUUUGUGUUGUAUGGCAAUGUCCAAAAGCAAGUUUUUCAUACUGAAUAUAGAAUUUAUUCGGUUUGUCAAUAUUAUUGUACAUUAUCUCAGUAAAUGAUUAAUUGAUGAGGGCACAUGUUAUUUUGAUUUUUGAGGAUUGAUUUGCAUAGAUAAAAU